AUGAAUGGAUCUGAAUGUGCAGUCCUAGCGAUUUGGCUCAUGAAGAUUGCCCUGAACAUCGCAGAGGACAAUCCUGAUUGCACACAUUCUUCGAUGGUUGCUGCUAUAUUCACGAAUCUGGUCGUGAUGCGGAAGGCAGCAAGCAAAGCAAACAAUCCUGGCCUUCAUGCCACACUAUUGCCCGAGAAUCAGCGUCGUUUACAGCAAGCAGCUUUCUUAUUCAGAUCUGCACACAAUUGGCUUGCGCAGGAAUCCAUUGAGAAAGGAUUGCUCCUAUGGCGAUUACGCCCGAAAUACCAUAAGUAUCUUGUUGAAGUGUACGCUGUGCUUUGA